AUGCGGUUCAACACCAUCUACGGUGUUGCCAAGGAGUGCUCCACCGAGCUCAGGCCGAGCAUCAAGACCGUGGAAGAAACCGUCAAAAGUUUGGUAGGACCUGUCCACGAAAAGUUUCACCUCGUUCCCGAUGAGAUCCUCCGUCACACUGAUCAAGACCACCACCUUGCCGUACACCUGACACCGGUUGCCAACAUAGCCACCGUGUCUGAAAUGGCUGUGAGAAUUUACGCGAAAUGCGAGCCUGUCGCAGAGAAGAAUGUGGCUUCUACGUGGAGGAAGGUGAAACAGUCUCCGGUGUUCCAUCGGGUGGCGAGUGUGGUUGCGUCGAAGGCCGCGAUUUGCAUAGAGAAGUACAACGAUGCGGUUAUCGGCGCCGCAGAGAAGGGUUGUAAGGUAUCAGCGUACACGCCUUUGGUGCAUAGAGAUAUAUAUAGCUAUGGUGUUUAG